AUGGCUCUAGCAAGAAAUGUGCUCGGUCUAAUUUGGCGACGUAGUAUCCUGCAGAUAGGUAAUAGGUCUGUAGGUUUCAAAGUUACCUCGCCAAUAUCGUGCAUAGGAAAUAAUUCAAUUCUCCGCUCAUCGUUCUGUACAACAAAUGCUCCAGUAGUUGACGGUGCUCAAAGUAAUCAGACAGAUGAGUUAGGCCGGAUACAGGCGCGUAAGAUGAGCCUAAUUUUUACAUGCAAAGUGUGCAACCAUCGGAACAUGAAAAUGAUAUCCAAGCAAGCAUACGAAAAGGGAGUCGUAAUAGUGACGUGUGAUGGUUGCAGUAAUCACCAUCUGAUAGCGGACAAUCUGAACUGGUUCACCGAUUUGAACGGAAAGCGAAACAUUGAAGAGAUACUAGCAGAGAAGGGAGAAAAGAUCACAAAAAUAUUUGAAAAGUAG